AUGUCUUCCAGUCAAGAUGGCGUUCCGUUGAAAAUAACCGUCAUCGGUGCUGGGAUGGCGGGUCUCUCAUCCGCAAUAGCAAUAUCCGACAUAAACCCGAGCCACCAGAUCACCGUAUUGGAGUCCAAUACUUCUCUCAGCGAGUUUGGUGCAGGACUUCAACUAUUCCCAAACAGCACCAGGAUCCUACACAAAUGGGGUCUCGGUCCAGCUCUGGAAAAGGUCGCCUGUCAAUCUGCCCGCCUAUCCGUCCGCAGGUGGGCGGAUAAUACCGAGCUGUCCUUCAACAUGAACAACCCUACGAGCACAUGGCUCUACGGCUGGCCUCAAUCUCAGCUAUAUCGGCCAGACCUGCAGCAAGCGCUGUUCGAGCGCUUAGAGCAGCUGCCCAACGUGUCCGUAAAAUUUGGCAAGCCCGUCAGGUCUGUCGACCACGAAACCGGCACCAUCCAUACGGCACAUGGGGAGAUCUUCGAAGCAGAUCUCACAGUCGCAGCAGAUGGGAUUUGGUCCCGGACUCGGCGAUGCUUGCCGGCAUCCAAAGAUGUGACCCCCACCCCAAACCGGGAACAUCACUACCGCGCUGUGAUCCCACGGGAACGAAUGCUUUCCAAUCCCAUCACGGCACCUUUGAUGGAUUCUGGAGAGUCAAAGUCAUGGGUAGGACCUAACGCAUUCGUGUUGGCGUAUCCCGUUGCCUCGGGCAAGCUUUAUAACCUCGUUAUCGGUGUUCCACGGCCGAGCGAAGGAGUACCCGUGGGAUCAUGGAAUCACCCGGCCGACCUCGAGACCAUGCGCGGACUCGUAUCCGAAUGGUGCGAGGAAGUGCGAGUCUUGGCUUCUCUCGUUCAAGACGGCGAGUGUGUCUCCUGGACAUUGGGCGAGGUAGGUCCGAUUUCCAGCUAUGUCAGUGCAUCUGGAAGAGUCGCGCUGGUCGGGGACGCGGCGCAUGCUCUUCUUCCUCAUGCUGCACAGGGGGCGGGCAUGGCAAUUGAAGAUGCGGCGAGUCUAGGGGAGUUUCUGGGAUGUUUGCGGUCGGUGGAAGACCUGCCGAGGGUGACGAGUGCGUGGAGUCUGUUUAGACAGGCUCGCGUGGAGCAUUUGCGCAGUAUUAGCUGUGGGAAUGCCGUGGAUAUGACAUUACCGGAUGGCGAGCUUCAGAUCGCGCGAGAUGCCAAAUGGAAGGCUAUUCGCGACACGCAGCGGGCGCAGUUGGCCGAGCUUGGGCUUGAACAGAUCAAAGAGAAGAUCAUUCGAGAGAGGCCGGCGCCCGAUCCAACCUGUAAAAGCACAUUCGAGCCCGGGGGCAGAAUGUGGGUGAAUGGGUUUGAUGUGAGUGAAGAGAGUCGGAAGUUCUGUCGCGAGCAUUUGGAAGUUGUAUAG